AUGCUAUCUGUUCAGCAAAAUUAUUCAAGGCUUUUUAGGCCUUGGGAUGUGAGUGAUAACAAAAAUGAGAUUACAAAUGAAAUUAGUGAUAAAACUGAUAUAAGAGCAACGAAGUUAAAGAAAAUUAAAGACGAAAAACGUGAGAGUCGGUUGAGGAAAAUACGCGGUACAUUUAAAAAGAGCGACAUUAACAAUUAUCAAGAUGCUACUGUAUCAACAACCACCCUAGAUAACGAAGACGAUAAGAAACCAGAGCUAGAAAUUCAUAAAACUUUAAAUAUUUCCGAUUCCCCAGUAGCAAGCCUAAGUUUAUGUUGUGAUAGAUUACUUCAAGAACCAGAAAAAGUUAUCAAGAAUGAAAAAACACGAGACAAUACCAAGUCACCUAUUGAUAAUUUACCUCCAACAAAUAUUUUUCCACCAACUACAGUACAACCAAAUAUGUACAACCAUGGCUACAUCUCUGAAUACUUACCUACUGACAUCGCUACCACUCUUGGAGUGCCUCCAUCUGACCCUCUCUUACUAGAAUCUCUAGCUCAAGGCUACGCUAUGGAAUUAGAAUACGCGAGAAUACUUCACCAAGAAAAUGAAACGAAGCUGUUAAAUGCUAGGAAACAAAGACCGAAAAAGUAUAAGUGUCCACAUUGCCAAGUCGGAUUUUCUAACAACGGUCAAUUAAAAGGUCACAUACGCAUUCACACCGGUGAAAGACCAUACAAAUGCGACGAAAAGAACUGUGGAAAAAGUUUUACCAGAAAUGAAGAGUUGACUAGGCAUAAGAGGAUACACUCAGGAGUUCGUCCCUAUCCCUGUCCUACUUGCGGUAAGAAAUUUGGGAGAAGAGAUCAUUUAAAGAAGCACACAAGGACACAUUAUAUUCAAGCGGAGAGAAUGAUGCCUGUGUUUGUACCUCUGUCUGCAGUACCUCAUGUCGGCGGUUUCCCAUAUCUAUAUGGAUAU